UUUGGAUCCGCCAUGAUAUUUCACGAAAGUUUUGUUUGUUUUGAUAGGAAGUAGUUAUCAAUCUUGGAAAAUAUUAGCUCACCGAAACUCAUUGUGUUGUUUGAAACUUCUUGGAAUUCUUUUUUCACCAUUGAAUAUUAUAUACAAAUGUCUGAAGAUUGGAUCGGUUGUGUUGUCUCUGUUGACUGUGGUGACACUUUGGGGACUUACCAAGGUCAAGUGUCAUUGGUCAACAGGGAAGACCAGUCUAUUACAUUAAUUAAAGUCUUUCGCAAUGGAAUGCUGUGUGAGGUCCCAACAGUUACACUUAGUGCAAUAGACAUUCAAGAUUUAAAGAUUUUGAAGACAUCCACUGAAGCUGAAGAGCUUCCAGCAAUAAGACAUAAAGUCAAGAAUGGACAUGUUACUCCACCUAAUGCUGCUGAUGCAGGAGAGGGGUAUUUGGAUACCACACCUCUGAAACCCAAAGCUAGUAAUGAUCCUGGGAGAAGGAAUGGAAGGUCCAAUGGUUACCAGGGAGUGAAUGGUCAAGGAGUUAAUGGUUUUCCAAAUGGAAAUGAUCAGUACAACUACAGUGUGUCUUCAACAAGAGAAGCAGACUCAUUCAGAAAGCGUUCUGGGUCUGCAUCAGACACUAAAACAAAUUCAGGGAGAGGUGGUCGCGGUCGCAGCACUCCUAAAAAAAUAGAAGGUCGGCGCCGUAAUACUCCAAGGGAAGAGUGCUUCAGUGCACCGUCUCAGUCAUUUUUAGGAGAAUUUGACUUUGAGAAAAACUUAGCUUUAUUUGAUAAGCAGGCUGUGUUUGAGGAGAUUGAGAGUUCUUCUUAUCCUGCUGAAAUGCAGAUAGCUGCACAAAAGCAGCCUCCAAAAUACCGGUGUGAUGAAAAUGUUUUGCAGUCUGGGCCUGUGGAACUGAGGCAGAUCAAAAUUAAAUCCAGUGCCAGUAGUGGAAUGGAUAAAGAUUAUGUCACAGAUGCCGGUUUGGUUGUUCCUUGCAUUCCACAAGAUUUACGCAAUAAACUAUUCGAGAAAGCGGAAAAAGCUGGAUUUAAGACAGAGCGCUUGCUGGAAGUUGUGGGUAGAUCUGCAUGUGAAAUGGUGCUGCAGCUUCUUGGUGGUGCACACAGACUCAAUCCUCGUAAUGCUCACCAGCGCCCCACGGUGGUGGUGCUAUGUGGGCCACAUAUGCAAGGUGCUCAGGGUGUGUCGUGUGCAAGGCAGCUAGCCAACCACAAUGUCAAUGUGAUCCUCUUUGUGCCAAAUUUUCUUAAGAUGUUGAACUGGCUGGCGGAAGAGAUAGCUUUGUUUGAAUUGACCAGUGGAAAGAAGACUUCCGAUCCAAGUGGCCUUCCUACAUUCCCAGUUGACAUAAUAAUCAACUGCCUGGACAAUGGUGAGAAUAAACACCUCCGCAGUCAACCAUGGUACACCACCAUUGUUAAUUGGACCAACCAGAGCAAAGCCCCAGUAAUGGCCAUGGACCCACCAGCUGAUGGAGGCAGCGACAUACAAAAUAAAUGGUCCAUGUGUCUGGGACUGCCUCUGAACUUGCCAGAUAAUUGUGGACAAAUCUAUCUGUGUGAUCUGGGACUCCCUAAAGCUAUUUUUAAACAGUUAGGGAUAACUUACCAGUCGCCAUUCGGUCACAAGUUUGUCAUUCCACUACAUGUUAAGGCAUCCUCAUAAAAAGGAAGGAGU